AUGGAACUCGAGCCACCAGUGGACAGAACGAUGCGAGACCUUGAUCGUGCAUUCUUUAAGAAAAUUGUUCCUGUGACUGCAGCCCAAAUUGAAGCUCGACGGACUGGUGAAUUACUUAAGGCUCCCGUUUUACGACAGCAUAUAUUGGAUUUACCGAAGAUCACCAAUGUCGUCAGAACUAGCGAUGGAGAAGAAGGAAAGAGGCUACUCUUAUUGGGUGCGAAUAGUCCAGAUCAGCUGCCUUCUGACGCAAAGGAGUAUUUGGAAUCAAAGGACGCAAAGCUCGUGUCCCAUUCACUAGAACUUGAUUACGAUUACUGGACUGCAGAUCAAAUUUUGCGAGCAGUGCUCCCGCCGGAACUCGGGGAGGGAUCUCCGACAGCCUUCUCGAUCAAUGGUCAUAUCGCUCAUAUGAACCUUCGAGAUGAGUACUUGCCCUACCGGUUCCUCAUUGGUCAAGUUAUAUUAGAUAAGAACAAGGCAAUUCGAACUGUUGUAAAUAAACUCGAUGUCAUAGAUACCGAGUUCCGCUUCUUCAAGAUGGAAGUAUUAGCAGGAGAGCCGGAGUUCAUAAUCAAGCACAGUGAAUCAAACUGUACAUUUACCCUCGACUUCUCUACUGUUUAUUGGAACUCACGGCUCGCCCACGAACACGAAAGACUUGUAGACCUAUUCUUGAAGCAUGGUAACAAUCCCACAGCCAAUGACGCCCCUCACCAGGUACCACUCAUCGCCGAUGUAUUCGCUGGCGUUGGCCCAUUUGCUGUCCCCGCAGCCAAGCGUGGUGCAAUUGUAUAUGCCAACGACUUGAAUGCGGAAAGCACAAAAUGGAUGGAAGUCAACGUGAAAAACAACAAAGUGGUGCCACGCGUACGAAUAUCGACCCUUGAUGGUCGACAAUUUGUCAAGGAUGUUGUCCAAACUGCAUGGGCUUCGCCAUUUCCUGCCGAUGCAUACACUAAGCCACUUUCCGUCAAAGAACGUCGCUUAAAGCGAUCUGCUGCAAAGAGUACCCCGCUUCCUAUUUCUGCCACAUCCACAGAGGCUUCAACAGAUGAUCGUGUCGCAAGUGAUGAACAUGUGGUCCAUGAAUCAGGCCCCCAGCCUCCGCCCGAGCGCAACUCCCGCCGGAUCGAUCAUUUCGUCAUGAAUCUUCCGGCUACAGCCAUCGAGUUUUUGGACGCCUUCCGGCCCGCAUUUGCUUCUCUCCAAAGCCAGUACCGAGAGGAAGUAAAGGAGGUUUAUGGCAUUAUGCCAAUGGUACACGUACAUUGUUUCACACGAGAGCUGGGAGAGGACAAAGCGCGCAAAGACAUUAUACAUAGGGCUGAAGCAGCUCUCGGGCAUGCGAUAACCGAGAAUGUAGUGGUUCAUCAUGUUAGAAAGGUGGCUCCCAACAAAGAUAUGUACUGUCUUAGUUUCCGAUUACCAUCCAAUUUUGUCGAUAGCCAAGAUUAA